AUGUCCCAGGUCAGGCCAAGCCGGGCUCUCAUCAUUGUCAACACCCAUUUCUCCAGCUGCAAGGGUGAGGUGGCCCUUGGGACACGGAGAGGAGCCCGGAGGGAAGCAGAGAAGCUUUCCAGGAUCCUCUCCCAGCUCAACUACACAGUGAAGCUGAUGGUCAACAAGACGGCCAAGGAGAUAGAAGAUCUUUUCCAGCAGGAGUGUGGCCACCAGCACGGCGACUACUUUGUGACCAUCAUCUCCAGCCAUGGAGAGGAGGGGGUCAUCUUUGGCUGUGACUCGGAGCCGGUGCAGCUGACCUGGAUUUUCCAGCUGUUAUCCUCAGCCACCUCCUUGGCUCUCACCAGAAUUCCCAAGAUCUUCUUUAUCCAGGCUUGUCGGGGGACACAACUCGACCCGGGAGUGACAGUUGAGUGUGACAGUGGAGAACCUGGACCUGACUGCUUCUCAUCCUGCCUCUCCAUCCCACCCCAGACCGUGGUGAUGUUCGCCUGCAGCCCGGGUCACGUCGCCUUCCUCAACCCCUCUGGCUCCAUGUUCCUCCAGGCCCUGCUGAAGGUCCUGCAGGGGGAGGAACGUCACCUGGCCCUCCACCGCCUCCUGACCCGUGUCAACUGGGAGGUGGCCUGUCACUGCCAGGCCAGGGGCACCUACGAGGGGUGCAAGGAGAUGCCCUGUUUUGUCACCAACCUGCUGCAGGAGGUGUUCCCCUUCUCAGCACCCAUGAAUGAGGAAGGAGAUGCUGCUUGA